AUGGGGCAGCGAAGAGGAAAAACGAUGCCGCCAACAUUUCAGCAAGUCAACAACACACAGACAAUGUCGGCAGCAAAGCGAACUCGCGUCAGAGCGCGAAGAACGGACCCCGCCACCGGACUCGAGGUCACGUCCAGCCUUGAGGGUAGGCGCAAGCGGACAGACCAAAGCGCCAAGUCGCAGGCACAUUUCCGGCAUGGACACACAGUAGAACACUUCAGAAUGACGGAAAGAAGAGCCAGACCAACGGACACGUGGACAACAGGACAUACACACACACACACACACACACAGACAAGUCGUAGAAACAAGGCUGCGUGUACAUGUUCAAGUAGAUCUGGCAUAAAGACUUUAUUCAGCUACAGUCGCUGUGUAAGAAGUGAUGGUUCAAAUUUCCCAUUCCAGCCAAAAUGGACAGAAUCGCAUCACGACUCGAACCCGCGUUGUGAUGAUGCCGGUUACAAGUUCGACCUUUCACGGCUUGGCAACACCGGUACAAGUACUAAUCGGUACUUGUAUGAAUGUAUGGAUGUAUGA